AAGCUUAAUUAUAGGUUAAUAAUCACAUAUCAAUAUGCAGAAGAAUUUAGAAAACAUUGCACGUGUUCUUUUCGAAUAAUGUCCCUAACGUACGCAUGGCGGCGCUGCGUACGUAUUUGAUAUUUUUGGAACGUGAGUGCAGCAGUUUGUAUUUUACUUUUGUUAUAACAUUAAGGUUUACACGUGAGUUUAUACAAUAUGCAAUUAAAAAUGGCUAAAGCUUUUAAUGUAAAAUUAGUAAAGGAAUUACUUCAAGAAGAAAAUCAAUUUCUUUCAAACAUAUAUUCAAAAAUACCUAUACCUAUGUAUGAAUUAGCAAAUCAAGAUGAAGAUAAAAACGAGGAAGAAAAAGACAGCAAUAAAACAUGGGUUCCAGGUAAAACAACAACACGUGCACAGACUUUUGAAGAAUUGCAGGCAAAAUUAGAAGAAUUAAAAAAUGUGAAAAAAUUGGGAUACAAACAGAAGCUUUUGAAGAAAACUUUAAAGAAUAAAAUUAAAAAGAAAACCAAAAGAGAGGAACGUUUAAUGCAAAAAAAGUUAGUAAGAACAGAACAGCAGGCUGCUGGUUCAAAAAGUUUUAAUUUUGAAACUAAUGGAGUGUCCAAAAUUCAUAAACCUAAACCUGUAUUUAACUCAGAGGGUAAGAUGGUCUUUAGUAAAUUUGAUUUCUCAGAGAUUGGUACAAAACAGAAAUCCUUAAAAAGUGAGAAAGAUCCAAAGAAAAUUCUUCAACAGUUGCAACAGAAAAAGGAAAAAUUGAAGGAAUUAGAACAGUCCGGUGAGAAGGACAAAGUUGAAGAAAUAAAAGAAAAAGAAGCUUGGAAAACUGCACUUGCAAGGGCUAAUGGAGAAAAAGUUAAGGAUGAUCCUGAAUUACUGAAACGCACAAUUAAACGACAAGAACUUCAAAAAAAGAAGAGUUCCAAGAAAUGGGAAUCCAGAUUAGAAUCUGUACAGAAAUUUAAACAAGAAAGACAAGAUAAAAGACAGGAAAAUAUUACUAAAAGGAAAAGAGAGAAGAAGACGAAUAAACUUAAAAAAGCUUCUAAAAAAGGAAGGAUUAUACCAGGGUUUUAGUGUCUCGUUGAAAUGUUCUAGUUGAAUAUUUUUGAGAAAAAUGUCUCCCAUCGUGGAUAUAAGCGUAGUUUAAUAAAUAAUUGGC